AUGCAUCUCGGCAACCUGGCCCUACUCUUUCACCUCCUCAUAGAGGUGCCAGCCUCGCUGUCCUUCCUGCUCAACGCACCGAAACAGCUCCGGGAGUCGAGCCCCAGCCCUGAGGCUGUUCUCGUAUGCCAGAGCUACGGCGGUCUAUUGGUUGCCACCAAUGUGCUGUGCGUCCUGCUUCUGUACCGCAGGGGAAGCACCAACUUUGAUGAUGCCAACGCUAUCGUUGCCACCUCGCUGGCUAUCUACCAUGUCAUGCCUAUGCGGAGGGCUUGGAUGAGGAUCAGGACGCAGGGUGCCGGCCGCGGCUUCUUGCAACAGGCUGAUGCACUGGGUGGCCCGUAUGUGCAUUUCGCCGUGCAUACUCUGUUACUUGUGUCUCUGACAUGGGCGGGCUUGCAUGGCCUAGCACGUUGA